AUGGCGGAGGGGCCCGAGAAGGGAGGGCAGCGGAAGGCGUCCCCAAAGGUGGCCCCCACUCGUCAGCAAGAGCGGCGCGGGCCGCUGCACGCCCGCGACGACGCGCGGCCGCCAAGUAACCUCUCGGAAGCGCCUUCCAUCACCGCCACGCGGGCCCCGCGGGGGCGGCCAGCACCUGCUGCCACACGUGGUCGUUCUCCAGCUGUGUGCCCAUCUGGCGGUGACGGGGCAUGGGGAGCGCGGCAGAAGCCGAGGGGCCUGGCCAGCUGCGUUGGGGAGCGUCGGAUCAGGUGCACCCAGACGCUCCCUGGCGACGGCCCCGAGGGCUACAAGACCCCGCGGGGAAAACAGGCAAUUCCUAUGGGUGCAUCUACCAGCCGUGAGGGUCCUUUGUUACUAAAGUUUAGUGAAGGAGGAGAAAAUGCCAGAAUUAAGUAUGCAGUAUCAUCUGUGCAAGAUCGGCGCAAGAACAAGAAAGAUGAUUUUGCAGCUGUCCCAGAUCUAGAUGACCUCACAUCUUUCUUUGGAGUUUAUGAUGGUCAUGAAGGAACUGAAGUGGCAUUGUUAUGUGUGACACAACUUCACACUGAGCUUCGUAACCAUCCAGACUAUCAACAGGAUCUAGCUAAUGCAAUGCGGAUGUCGUUUUUCAGAAUGGAUGAGCUGUUGGAACAGUCAGAUGAAUGGAAGGAAUUACUUCUUCAUGAUACUUGUGGUCCGGUACAUUGUCACUCCUGA